CCCCAAUAUUUUAAAAAAUAAUAAUAACAAAUAAAAGCAGCUCAUAAAGGAAAGUGUCGCGCCACUUUACAACUAACUGUCUUCCUCCUUUCACGAAGCUGAUUAGCAAAACUUCUGUGGUUAAAAAUCUCAUCUGAAUAUUUGAUAAAAUAAGGCGAUGGAAAACAACUGCAGCUUCAUGUCGUGCGACAAGCUAGAUCGUAUGGCUAACUGGGUCGGCACCAGCAUGGCCUCUGCAUUUUUCGCAUCAUUGGAGCGCUGCUCCUGUAUUAAUCUCAGCACCACCGAUUUUGAUGACGAAGAGGAAGCCUAUGACCGCCCUCUUGUACUCACCAAGCCCCUCAUCCACGAAGAACCUGAAACUGAACCACAACCCCGUCCAGCCGCUUAGACCCUUUUCACUGUCAAUUUUCUCGACCUUCGUCACUUCGUAUUCUAGGGUUCGUUCCUUAUGUUUAUGUACUUUUCUUUUUAGUUUUAUACGUGCAGAGGAUAUUGUGAAUCAACUCUCGCACAGUUUGGUUUAUAAUUUGAAGUAAUUUUGUUCCUUUUUUAUUUUAUUUUAAUGGAACUCCCUUGGAAUUUGUGGGUUUUCUUUCUAA